GCUGUCGCAACCUGCCCUCAUCCUGGCCCGCGACUGUAAGACCGGACCCACAUCCAGACCAAUCUUCCUGUCCGGGCUGCUGCGACGCGGGCUCCGCAGGUUGCAGGCGGGCGGCCGGGGCGCCUGAAGGUUACCGAGUGCAUGAGUGCCUAGCGCCUCCCGCGCUGCCCCGCCCGCUGGCCCGCCGACCCGCCCGCCGGCUCGCCCGCCAGCCCCUCGGCGCCCGGCGGCGGCGGCGGCGGUGGCGGCGACGGUCGCAGGAGGUGCCGUCUGCCUCCCAGGUGCGCGCUUCGCUCCCGGAGCCGCGGAACUCGGCGGCCGCCAUGGCGUCCAACAUGGACCGGGAGAUGAUCCUGGCGGAUUUUCAGGCAUGUACUGGCAUUGAAAACAUUGACGAAGCUAUUACAUUGCUUGAACAAAAUAAUUGGGACUUAGUGGCAGCUAUCAAUGGUGUAAUACCACAGGAAAAUGGCAUUCUACAAAGUGAAUAUGGAGGUGAGACCAUACCAGGACCUGCAUUUAAUCCAGCAAGUCAUCCAGCUUCAGCUCCUACUUCCUCUUCUUCUUCAGCGUUUCGACCUGUAAUGCCAUCCAGGCAGAUUGUAGAAAGGCAACCUCGGAUGCUGGACUUCAGGGUUGAAUACAGAGACAGAAAUGUUGAUGUGGUACUUGAAGACAGCUGUACUGUUGUUCAAUCAGGCUGUCACCCACAGUGGCCAAUGAGUUGGCAAUCAGCUAAGCUGCCUUGGAGUCACCCUUGGCAGAGAUGAUGACCUCCCGUUCCUGCUGCUCAGCCUUUUCCACCACAAUUCUGGCCCUGUCUGCUUCCUGCUGAGCCAUGUGUUUGGCUUCCACCACUUCUGUGACUCCUCCUGAAGGAGAGAUUAAACAGAUUCUAGAAAAUGAACUUCAGAUACCUGUGUCCAAAAUGCUGUUAAAAGGCUGGAAGACGGGAGAUGUGGAAGACAGUACGGUCCUAAAAUCGCUACACUUGCCAAAAAACAACAGUCUUUAUGUCCUUACACCAGAUUUGCCACCACCUUCAUCAUCUAGUCAUGCUGGUGCCCUGCAGGAGUCAUUAAAUCAAAACUUCAUGCUGAUCAUCACCCACCGAGAAGUCCAGCGGGAGUACAACCUGAACUUCUCAGGAAGCAGUACUAUUCAAGAGGUAAAGAGAAAUGUGUAUGACCUUACAAGUAUCCCCGUUCGCCACCAAUUAUGGGAGGGCUGGCCAACUUCUGCUACAGACGACUCAAUGUGUCUUGCUGAAUCAGGGCUCUCUUAUCCCUGCCAUCGACUUACAGUGGGAAGAAGAUCUUCACCUGCACAGACCCGGGAACAGUCGGAAGAACAAAUCACCGAUGUUCAUAUGGUUAGUGAUAGCGAUGGAGAUGACUUUGAAGAUGCUACAGAAUUUGGGGUGGAUGAUGGAGAAGUAUUUGGCAUGGCGUCAUCUGCCUUGAGAAAAUCUCCAAUGAAUGUUAUGUGGUUUGUUUUUUGUGUCUAUUUGUUUUGUUUUUUUGUUUUUGUUUUUUCUUUUGUUUGUUUUUUAGUGCCAGAAAACGCAGAAAAUGAAGGAGAUGCCUUAUUACAAUUUACAGCAGAGUUUUCUUCAAGAUAUGGUGAUUGCCAUCCUGUAUUUUUUAUUGGCUCAUUAGAAGCUGCUUUUCAAGAGGCCUUCUAUGUGAAAGCCCGAGAUAGAAAGCUUCUUGCUAUCUACCUCCACCAUGAUGAAAGUGUGUUAACCAACGUGUUCUGCUCACAAAUGCUUUGUGCUGAAUCCAUUGUUUCUUAUCUGAGUCAAAAUUUUAUAACCUGGGCUUGGGAUCUGACAAAGGACUCCAACAGAGCAAGAUUUCUCACUAUGUGCAAUAGACACUUUGGCAGUGUUGUGGCACAAACCAUUCGGACUCAAAAAACGGAUCAGUUUCCGCUUUUCCUGAUUAUUAUGGGAAAGCGAUCAUCUAAUGAAGUGUUGAAUGUGAUACAAGGGAACACAACAGUAGAUGAGUUAAUGAUGAGACUCAUGGCUGCAAUGGAGAUCUUCACAGCCCAACAACAGGAAGAUAUAAAGGACGAGGAUGAACGUGAAGCCAGAGAAAAUGUGAAGAGAGAGCAAGAUGAGGCCUAUCGCCUUUCACUUGAGGCUGACAGAGCAAAGAGGGAAGCUCACGAGAGAGAGAUGGCAGAACAGUUUCGUUUGGAGCAGAUUCGCAAAGAACAAGAAGAGGAACGUGAGGCCAUCCGGCUGUCCUUAGAGCAAGCCCUGCCUCCUGAGCCAAAGGAAGAAAAUGCUGAGCCUGUGAGCAAACUGCGGAUCCGGACCCCCAGUGGCGAGUUCUUGGAGCGGCGUUUCCUGGCCAGCAACAAGCUCCAGAUUGUCUUUGAUUUUGUAGCUUCCAAAGGAUUUCCAUGGGAUGAGUACAAGUUACUGAGCACCUUUCCUAGGAGAGACGUAACUCAACUGGACCCAAAUAAAUCAUUAUUGGAGGUAAAGUUGUUCCCUCAAGAAACCCUUUUCCUUGAAGCAAAAGAGUAAACACGGCCCAGCGGUGGAACCAGCCAUUCCUUGACAAGCCAGCAGCCUGCGUCAGGAGAAGGGCUCCUCGCCAACCCACCCACACGCUCGUCUCACUCAAUUCAAUGUCACACUUCUGCCUCUUGCAAAAUUGCUGGAAAAAGUAAUAAUAAAUAUAGCUACUUAA